CAUUCCUUUUGUCCAAGAUGGCGGAGUUGACACAGGUUCACUGAUUCUAAAUAUGUUUUUAAACGCGUUUAUACUUUUAUUUCGGAAUACAUGCAAAGUCUUUAACGUCGCGAACAUUAGUUACAAGUUACUAACGUCCGUUUAAGUGUAACGUCUCCCAAAACUAAGGAAUUUGCUUCCAGAUCGGAUUUUUUUUUCUGCAGACACUGACUGGCUGGCUAGCUAGUUAGCUAAAAAGUUUGGGCAUCGUUUGAAAAUGAAGCGACAGGCCGGGAGGGACACCAGUCCUAGUAGGACUUUAGCGAAACGAAUACGGGAAAGAGAGCGGGCCCGGGACGGGGCACGGAGAGAGGACCUGCCGCUCCCACCACUUGCUUUGCUGCUCGCUGAAAGCGGGAGGCAACAUGCUCGGAGUAGGAGCAGGGAACGAGAAAAGACACGGCUUCGGGAGGAGCGUGGAGGCGCCGGAGACCACCUCCACCACCGACAACAACACCACGACCUCGGUCUCAUCGGCCGACCCCUUCUCCGGACUACAGCCGUCCUGCCUAAAGGCAAAGCAGCAGCCGAACUACUGGGCCUCAGGGGGGGACCGGGGGGGACUGUGGAAUACAAAUCGUUGCUCAUUAGCAAUCUCGGCUCGGUGCUAUCUGACGAGCACGUUGAAGACGGACUGUUUCACGAGUUUAAAAAGUUUGGGGACGUUAGUGUGAAACUCUCACACACUCCAGAACUAGGCCGAGUCGCCUACGUCAAUUUCCGGCACCCGGAGGACGCUAAAGAGGCCAGGCAUGCCAAAACCAGGUUAGUACUCUAUGACCGCCCCCUCAAAGUAGAGCCCAUGUACGUCCGGCGGCGCAGCUGCACGCCGCCGGAUAUGGGCUAUGUUCCCAUCCAUGACGCCCCAUAUCCCUCUUAUAGACAGAGGUCCCUCUCCCCCUGCGCUGGAGUUAGUAGUAUCGGAGAUAUCCGACCACCAAGACAUUACCAUGUAGAGGGACUGGGACUGAGCAGAGAGAGGGAGAGGAUCUUAGAUUACUAUGGGAUGUUAGACGAGAGGGGACGGCCAUAUGGACUGCCAGUACCUGAGUAUGAUGACAUAAAACCAGAGGAUGAUGCGAGGGCGUGCAGGAACUUGUUCAUAGGCAACCUGGAUCACAACGUCACCGAGGGCGAGCUGAGGAGAGGCUUCGAUAAGUACGGCAUCAUCGAGGAAGUUGUGAUUAAACGACCGGCGCGUGGUCAGGGGGGAGCCUACGCUUUCCUCAAAUUCCAGAACUUAGACAUGGCUCACCGGGCUAAGGUAACCAUGCAGGGCCGCGUGAUUGGCGGGAACCCGGUGAAGAUAGGCUACGGUAAGGCCAACCCUACCACCAGACUUUGGGUAGGCGGGCUGGGACCCAGCAAUUCCCUGGCAGCCCUGGCCAGAGAGUUUGACCGUUUUGGCAGCAUCCGGAACAUAGACUAUGCGAAAGGGGAUAGUUUUGCCUACAUUCAGUAUGAGAGCAUAGAUGCCUCCCAUGCUGCAUGUACUCAGAUGAGAGGAUUCCCUCUAGGAGGCCCAGAGAGGAGGCUGAGGGUGGACUUUGCCAAGGCUGAGGAGCCCCUGCCUCGUAGUUACCCAACAGAAUACCAGCCCCCUGUGCCUCUACCUGCCCACCUGGACCUGCUGAGGCUUCGCGACCGUAGCCUGGAGAGAGAGCUACGCGCCCGGGACCGCUCGCCCCCCUCCCACGCCCUGUUCACCCAGCGGGAGAGAGAGAGAGCUAUGCUGGACAGGGGGGACAGAGAGUUCACCUCUCCAACAAAUAGCCUGGAGCGCAGGGGGGGUGAAGCAUUUGGGGGGUCUCGUGGUGGCCGAGGGGACCGGGCAGCCCGGAGCCGAAGCAGAGAGCGCUGGCUGAAGGAGAGGGACGCAGAGCGGGCUGGGACGGAGAGACGCAGACGCAGGUCCCUCUCCCUUGACGGACCCUCUCAGGAGAAGGAGAGGGGCAUGUCCAAGGUGAGAGGAAGAGCAGGAUCAGCUUCUCCAGAGGACAGCCCAGACAGAGCCAGGGUCCGGGCCCCAGACUCUACCACCGAGCCAAGGGGACAGAGCCCUGACAGCAGCCGCCACUCCAACGAGGACCGGGUCGGCCAGGACGGCCACGAGACGUCCUCCAGCCGGAACCGCCACAAGAAGACUGGAGGAGACAGAGAGAAGGACCGUGACCGCAACCACCGGGCCAGUGACACAAACCACACCUCCGACACACUUAAUAAAGACCCCAGAACACCCAGCAUGCUGUCGGAGUGUGCCACCACCCUCAGCAAAGCCUGGCACGGUCACUUCACCCUGAAGAACUCCUGCUUCCCCACUAACAUGCACCUGCUGGAGGGAGGCUCCGGGUUCUUCCACUCUGUCAUGAAGGACAACCAGGCCAAGGGGAAACUGACCCAGCUGAAGAUCGCCCAGCGACUGAGGAUGGAUCAGACCAGGUUGAACGAGGUCACCAGGAGGAUCAAACAUGGUGGCUCCGAGGGCUACGCUGUUCUCCUGGCCCUCCAGGACCCCGUCGACCGCGAGGCCCCUCCACCUGAACCAGGCCUACAGAUCAGACUCCUCCGUCACCUGGUCACCUACCUGAGAAACAAGGAGGCUGCAGGAGUGAUCAGUCUACCAGUAGGUGGGGCUAAAGGGGGGUGCAAGGGAGGUAUGCUGUACGCCUUCCCUCCCUGUGACUUCUCCCAGCAGUUUCUCCAGAGUGCACAUCGGACUUUGGGGAAUCUGGAUGAAGAGCACCUGGUGGUUGUUAUUGUUAACGACUCUGCCUAACUUAGACACAAGACACCUCUUUAUGGUGUUGGCUGUCAAUGUUAUUACACCCGCGUUAACAACAGACAGCUGUCAGUAGGGCUGGGAAUUGUCAGGGACCUCGCCGCACUUAGUUGCCGAUAUGUAUUGUGAUUCUCACGAUUCUAUUUUUUAUUGUGAUUCUCACGAUUCUAUUUGUAUUGUGAUUCUCACGAUUCUAUUUGUAUUGUGAUUCUCACGAUUCUAUUUGUAUUGUGAUUCUCACGAUUCUAUUUGUAUUGUGAUUCUCACGAUUCUAUUUGUAUUGUGAUUCUCACGAUUCUAUUUGUAUUGUGAUUCUCACGAUUCUAUUUGUAUUGUGAUUCUCACGAUUCUAUUUGUAUUGUGAUUCUCACGAUUCUACUUGUAUUGUGAUUCUCACGAUUCUACUUGUAUUGUGAGUCUCACGAUUCUACAUGUAUUGUGAUUCUCACGAUUCUAUUUGUAUUGUGAUUCUCACGAUUCUAUUUGUAUUGUGAUUCUCACGAUUCUACAUGUAUUGUGAGUCUCACGAUUCUACAUGUAUUGUGAUUCUCACGAUUCUAUUUGUAUUGUGAUUCUCACGAUUCUAUUUGUAUUGUGAUUCUCACGAUUCUAUUUUUUAUUGUGAUUCUCACGAUUCUAUUUUUUAUUGUGAUUCUCACGAUUCUAUUUGUAUUGUGAUUCUCACGAUUCUAUUUGUAUUGUGAUUCUCACGAUUCUAUUUGUAUUGUGAUUCGAUACUGUGAUUUCGUUGCGAUUCGAUGUUCCAAUCAUAUUGCACACACCAUAUGUCUGCUGCAGAGGGACAAGAGAGAGAGCCAGGAGAUAAAGACUUUUGGUCAAUCAUGGAAAUAAAAGUGCUAAAAAAACAAAUGGACUCCCAAUUUAAAAAGAAGAUGGAGAACAACAUUAUGAAGGAAAAAUACUGGAUUUUUUUUUGUGCCGGGACAGCCAACCAACUAGCACUAAACUAACAUUACGAGAUUGUCAAAAUGUAUACGAUAUGUCGUCAAAUAAUAUCCCAAUAUGUAACUAGAUUUUUUUUUAACUAAGACACAGGUGGUGUUGGGGGCUAUCAGUGUCUCUGUGGGGGUGUUGGUGGCUAUCAGUGUCUCUGUGGGGGUGUUGGUGGCUAUCACUGUCUCUAUGGGGGUGUUGGUGGCUAUCAGUGUCUCUGUGGGGGUGUUGGUGGCUAUCAGUGUCUCUAUGGGGGUGUUGGUGGCUAUCACUGUCUCUAUGGGGGUGUUGGUGGCUAUCACUGUCUCUAUGGGGGUGUUGGUGGCUAUCAGUGUCUCUGUGGGGGUGUUGGUGGCUAUCAGUGUCUCUGUGGGGGUGUUGGUGGCUAUCAGUGUCUCUAUGGGGGUGUUGGUAGCUAUCAGUGUGUCUAUGGGGGUGUUGGUGGCUAUCAGUGUCUCUAUGGGGGUGUUGGUAGCUAUCAGUGUCUCUGUGGUGGUGUUGGUGGCUAUCAUUGUCUCUGUGGGGGUGUUGGUGGCUAUCAGUUUCUCUAUGGGGGUGUUGGUGGCUAUCAGUGUCUCUGUGGGGGUGUUGGUGACUAUCAGUGUCUCUAUGGUGGUGUUGGUGUCUAUCAGUGUCUCUAUGGGGGUGUUGGUGGCUAUCACUGUCUCUAUGGGGGUGUUGGUGGCUAUCAGUGUCUCUAUGGGGGUGUUAUAGGGACUGAGUGGCUAUGAUCUUCUAUAACACUUCUGAUCGCUCACCCAUCACCACCACAUGGUGUACCUAUCCCCCUUCCAGACUGUCUGUGUCUGUAUAGGGGGCCACACAGUGAACACACUGAAGCCACCCCUAGAGGACGUGAUUGUUUGGCCGUCUCUCGAUGUCGCUACUUCCCAUGUACAAACGGAGACAGAGCUGUGUCUCUCCAAACAUGGGCACUUCUGACUCUUUGAGACAGACUCUCGGAGGUCAGGCAGACAUGAUUUGUAUAUAGUCUCGUGCGUUAGUGAAACACGACUAGUGAAACACGACUAGUGGGAUUGUUGUUCAUACAUACUGUUGUAUAUUUUUUUUUCAUGUGGAAUUGACCAAGCAGUUUAUCUGGCUACUUCCACAGCGGUAGUAUAAUUCACAUGAUGAUUGUUUUGCAUGUGUGACUUAUUUUUCUUCUGUUUUUUAUUGAACCAUUCCUGAAGGUCCCAUGUUUGUCUUUUUUUUUUUUUGAGAGAGAAUGGUGUGCUCUAAUUGGCUGUUGCAUGCAGUUGUUUUUCUACAGAUUCUACCGUGCGGCUGGUGUUCUGCUGCCGUUGAUUUGCCGUUGAUUUGAGACCGUUUUUGUUUUUAAAUACUGUUUCAGCUCACAGAUAUUAUUUCUUAAUAGUUCUGUCUUUGUUCCUAAUGUGAUAUUUUCACGUUCCAUUACUGGUAUGUUUAGCCCUUUUUUUAAAAGCGUUUUAAUACACUAUCCACCUUUACAAUGUACUGAAUGAGCCUAUAGCCUAUUUGCAUGUGAUUUGAACUCUCUAGUGUGAUUUGCUGUAAGGCAGAAUGGAUUGUAAUCUACCUCUACAAUUAUUUUAGUCAGUUGUUUUUUUGUAAAAUAUUUUUUUUUUUUAAAUCACAAACAUACAAUGCAAAUGAUACCCCACCCUCUUGAUCUUUGUUGGAGUCGGUUUAUUAUUAUUAUUACAAUGUAUUAUGUCUCCCAGCAGUUUCUUAGAUCAGAACGUGUCACAACACUAAAAAUACACUUUAAAAAAUAUAUAUGUAUUUUACCAGUUGAGGUGAAUUGAAUUAUUCGUAUUUUUUUUUAAACAUUUUGACUCACGGGUAUUUAUAUUAGAGAGAACACCAAAACCUGUCUGUUUCAAUGAUAAUUAUGGUCAUUUUAAUGUAGAUUUGAAGAAAGACAACCAUCACCUGAAAUAAUGGAACAGGAAGUCGAAUGGUUUGACGGAAAGUCGUAUGUGCGUCCCAAAUGGAACCCUAUUCCCUACAUAGUGCACUACUUUAGACCAGAGCCCUAUGGCACCCUAUUCCCUAUAUAGUGCACUACUUUAGACCAGAGCCCUAUAGAACCCUUUUCCCUACAUAGUACACUAAUUGUUUUGGGUAGAGCACUGGUCAGAAGUAGUCUACUGUGUAGAGAAUAGGGUGCUAUUUUUAGGAUGCAUCCUUUGUCACUACAUGAUGUGAGACUGGUGUUAGACUCUACUGCCGUGUGAAGUUCCUUUAAACUGGUGUUACUCUACUGCUGUGUGAAGUUCCUUUAAACUGGUGUUAGACUCUACUGCCGUGUGAAGUUCCUUUAAACUGGUGUUAGACUCUACUGCCGUGUGAAGUUACUUUAAACUGGUGUUACUCUACUGCUGUGUGAAGUUCCUUUAAACUGGUGUUAGACUCUACUGCCGUGUGAAGUUCCUUUAAACUGAUGUUAGACUCUACUGCCGUGUGAAGUUACUUUAAACUGGUGUUAGACUCUACUGCCGUGUGAAGUUACUUUAAACUGGUGUUACUCUACUGCUGUGUGAAAUUCCUUUAAACUGGUGUUAGACUCUACUGCCGUGUGAAGUUCCUUUAAACUGAUGUUAGACUCUACUGCCGUGUGAAGUUACUUUAAACUGCUGUGUGUGAAGUUCCUUUAAACUGGUGUUAAACUCUACUGCCGUGUGAAGUUACUUUAAACUGCUGUUAGACUCUACUGCCGUGUGAAGUUCCUUUAAACUGCUGUUAGACUCUACUGCCGUGUGAAGUUCCUUUAAACUGCUGUUAGACUCUACUGCCGUGUGAAGUUCCUUUAAACUGGUGUUACUCUACUGCCGUGUGAAGUUCCUUUAAACUGGUGUUACUCUACUGCCGUGUGAAAUUCCUUUAAACUGGUGUUAGACUCUACUGCCGUGUGAAGUUCCUUUAAACUGCUGUUAGACUCUACUGCCGUGUGAAGUUCCUUUAAACUGGUGUUAGACUCUACUGCCGUGUGAAGUUCCUUUAAACUGCUGUUAGACUCUA